GAAGUUGGGCUCCCGCCUGGAUGGGAGGCGGGAGGGAGUCCCGCUCCUGUUGUUUUCCGCGAGCGGGAGUGGGUGGCGGGCGCAGAGGGCGGGGUGCGCCCUCCUACCCCGGGCCGGGCGCUCCCGAGACAGCACCGCGCCGGCAGCCCCAGGCUAUUCCCACCGCCGGACAUCGGGCUCAGCUCAAGCAUCCUUCCCGGGGACUGCGGAGAGUGGGGCUCCUCUGUCGUUCCGAGGACCUGGGAGGAGCACUCAGUACCCCAGGGGCCGGGGCCCUGGGGGUGGGGACGCACACCCACCCAGCCGGAGCCUGCGAUUCCUGAGGAGUCCCUGCCCGAAUCUGGGGCGAGAUGGCCGCAGGCGUCCGGCCGUCCCAGCCGCAGGUCCUUGUCUGCCUCGGGGUGCUGCUGGCCCGCUGGGUCGCCGCAGGGUUGGAGGCUCUGGUCAUUGGAGAGGUUCACGAGAACAUUACUCUGCACUGUGGCAACGUCUCGGGACCAAGGGGCCCGGUAACCUGGUAUCGGAAUGACUCGGAGCCUGUCUUCCUCCUGUCCUCCAAUUCCAGCUUCCCGCCGGCUGAGCCACGCUUCUCUCUGGCAGAUGCCAGUUCGCUGCACAUCAGGGCGUUGAGGCUGCAGGAUGAGGGCAACUACACCUGCCAGGAGGUCCUGAACGAGACUCGGUGGUUCCGAGUGUGGCUGCAGAUGGCCGGGGGCCCCUAUGAGGUCGAGGUCAAUAUCUCCAGCACUGGCAAGCUCCCCAACGGCACCGUCUAUGCAGCCAAGGGCUCCCAGGUGGCCUUCAGCUGCAGCAGUAGCUCCUGGCCUCCACCAAUGGUUGAAUGGCAGUUCCGGGCCCCAGAUUCCAGAACUGAGCCCUUUGGAAAUAACCUGACUGUCAACUGCUUCACUCUGCUGCUCAUGUCACAAAACCUCCAAGGAAACUACACCUGUUUGGCCACGAACAUGCGCAGUGGGAGACAGCGAAAGGUGACCACCGAGCUCCUGGUCUACUUCCGCCCUCCAUCGGCCCCUCAGUGCCAGGCAGAGAUGUCACAGGAAUCACUCAUGCUGCAGCUCACCUGUCGCUGGGACGGGGGGUACCCAGACCCGGACUUCCUGUGGACCGAAGAACCAGGAGGUGUGGUCGUGGGGACGUCAAAGCUGGGAGUGGAGAUGCUGAACCAGUCUCAGCUGUCAGACAGCAAGAAGUUCAAGUGCGUUGGGAGCCACAUAGUGGGGCCGGAGUUGGGAGCCAGCUGCGUGGUACAGAUCAGAAGCCCCUCCCUUCUCUCCGAGCCCAUGAAGACUUGCUUCGUGGGGGGCAUUGUGACACUCACCUGCCAAGUGUCUAGAGCCUACCCGCCUGCCAAGAUCCUGUGGCUGAGGAACCUCACCCAGCCCGAGGCGGCCAUCCAGUCCAAUGACCGCUACCUCAUCACGCAGGACGGCCAGAGUUCCUCUCUCACCAUCCGCAACUGCUCCCAGGCACUGGAUGAGGGCUACUACGUCUGUCGGGCGGAGAACCCAGUGGGGGUGCGGGAGGUGGACAUCUGGCUGAGCGUGAAAGAACCUUUAAAUAUCGGGGGAAUUGUGGGAACCAUUGUGAGCCUCCUGCUGCUGGGACUGGCCAUUAUCUCAGGGCUUAUCUUGUAUUAUAGCCCUGUGUUCUGCUGGAAAGUAGGAAACACUUUCAGGGGACAAGACAUGGGUGAUGUCAUGGUUUUGGUGGAUUCAGAAGAAGAGGAAGAGGUAGAGGAGGAAGAUGGUGCUGAAGAAGAGGAAGAAGAAGAGGAAGAAACAAAUGAGAGGGAGGAGUCACCAGAAGAAAUCCGUAAGCAUGGCCACAUUCACAGAGUGACCGCACUGGUGAAUGGGAAUGUCGACUGGAUGGGCAACGGACUCCAGGCUCUGCAAGAUGACAGCAGUCAGGAGCGGAUUGACAUCAUUCAAGAAGAAGACAGACCAGUUUGAAGAAAGAACUAUCCUCCAUGAUCCCGUCUUAAAAGCUUGGAAGGCUGCGUUGAAGAUGAGCUUUUCAUUCUGCUUUGACUUGACUCGCACCCCUGUCUGAGGGUUGAAAGUGGUGUGGGGUGCUCAGCAAAAAAGAAACACACACACAGAUUUCCUUCCAUUUUUUUUUUCUUCUCCCUAAAUUGGUUUGAUUUGC